AUGGAGACUUCUCUUCUGGGAUUUCUUAUUUGGUGCUUCCAUCUCAAACUCCUACAAGCAGCUGAAAUCUUCCAACAACAACAACAAUCAGCUCCAUCUAAAACCAGGACACCCAAAACGAAGGAGUGGAUGCCUUCAUCUUCAUCUUUUUUGGUUUCAGCUUUCACUUGGAUGCCUACUCUUAAUUUGGAUAAGGCUGAACCUGAGGGAUCGGAGGCAGCAAUGGCCUUCCUGUACUCUGGAGAUGCCCUGAGUCUCUCACAAGCCAACUGUACCCAGAGAUUUGAAAUGAGGGCUUUAGUGAAGGACUCCCGCCCUCCACCAACCUUAUAUUCCUAUCUACGCAGUGUUACGGACACCUUGACCCAUGCCACCAAUUUUCUCAAUAUGGUCUUUCAGACUAAUGACAUCCGGGAAUCCAGUGUGAAAGAAGAUGUAGAAUGGUACCAUGCCUUGGUGAGAAGUGUUAUAGAAGGGGAUUCUCAAGUUUACCGAGCCAUAUUGACUUUUGAUGCUCAUCCUUUGUUUUCCAAGCCCCAGCUGAUACUUCAAGCCACAAAGGGGAAUAAUGAGAUCUUACUUCAAGAUCUUUCUGCCUUUUCAGAAAAUCUAAGGAAUCUGACUUGGGAAAAUGAGUGGUACAAUUACUUUAGGUUCCAACGGACUCCACCGCUUUAUAAGAGAAUUCUCAGCAAUGACCUUAAGACACUAGACACCCCCAAAUGGAGCCAAGGAGAUAGUUAUGUGAUCGAUCAGAGCUAUAUUAAGUGGUCACCACCUUUCCUGGAAUGUGAAGAUGGAAAAUUCUUGCCCUCCUGGAUGGUUACACUCUCCUCUUCAUUCUACGGCCUCAAGCCUGACCUCAAUCCAGAAUUCAAAGGGGUCAUGAGGCUGGAUGUUAAAAUCCAAAAUGUUGAUAUAAACCAGUGUGCCACUAACGGAGGAUGGUUUGCAAACACACAUCAGUGUGAUCUCAACAGCACCCAGUGUAUCCCACAGGAAAACCAUGGAUUUAUUCUUGGAAAAUAUAGUUGUCUUUGCAAGCCAGGUUUCUAUGGAGGACAGAGAACUGCCGCAUCUCUUCUUUCUUCAAUCAGUAAAGGCUGGUCUGGACAAAGUGCUUCCCAAAAUGGAGCAGUAGAUUCUGGGAGUUUGCUGCAAUGCCAUCCCUGUCGGGAAGGAUGCACGGCCUGCAUUGAUGGCAAACCAUGUCUGAUCCAGGAAGAUUGGUCACUACGGGCUAUUGUUCUUGCUUUCCAGGCCUUCUGUAUGCUGACAGUUUUCUUCAACAUGUUGGUUUCUUACCAUUAUAGAAAGAGCAAGAGGAUUCGGGCUUCAGGGGUUAUUCUUCUGGAGACAAUACUCUUUGGCUCACUCCUGCUUUAUUUUCCUGUUUUUAUAUUGUACUUCAAGCCAAGUAUCUUCCGCUGCAUUGUCCUGCGAUGGGUGCGCAUGCUGGGUUUUGCCAUUGUUUAUGGAACAAUCACCCUUAAACUUUAUAGGGUAUUAAAGGUCUUUCUGUCUCACACGGCUCAGCGAGUCCCUUACAUGACCAGUGGGCGAGUGCUCAAGAAACUGGCAUUGAUUCUGCUGUUGGUCCUUUGGUUUUUGGCUGCAUGGACAGUUGGGAUGCUAGAGAAUAUUGAGAAAAACAUACCGUUGGUAGUCCAUUCCCAGACUCCUAGGGGCCUCCAGUUUUACAUCUGUGAUCAAGAUCGAUGGGAUUACAUGAUGGCUAUGGCUGAAAUGCUAUUCUUGUUUUGGGGAAGCUUUCUCUGCUAUACUUCUCGAACAAUCCCUUCUGCUUUUCAUGAACCUCGCUACAUGUGCAUUGCUGUCCACAAUGAGCUGAUAACUUCCACCGCUUUUCAUGUUAUGAGAUUUUUAAUGGUUCCUUCCUUGCAUCCUGACUGGACACUACUACUAUUUUUCAUCCAUACUCAUGUCACUACCACAAUGACACUUGCACUUAUUUUCAUCCCAAAGUUCCUGUAUGCAGCCUCACCCUUGAGGGAAGAAAUUGCUGCUGAGAUGUAUGAGGAUGAACUGGACAUUAGGCAUUCAGAAUCCUUCUUGAACAGCAGCAUCACCUCAGCAUGGAGUGAGCACAGCCUUGACCCCGAUGACAUUCGGGAUGAAUUGAAAAAGGUUUAUAAACAGCUAGAAUUUCACAAGACCAAGAAGAUGACGGCCAACAACCCUCACCUUCAGAAGAAGAGAAGUUCAAAGAGGGGCUUAGGCCACACUUUGAUGAGACGUAUCACCGAGUUACCUGAAUCUAUGUCCCGCCAGUGCAGCAAGAAGGAAAAAGAUGGGUCUAUCAGUGGAAGAAGACAAAGUCAUUCUGGCUCCUACAAGCGAAGGUGCUCGGACUCCAGAAAUCUGAGCAUGAAAUUGAAGGAGGACUUAUCUCCCAAACACAAGGUGGCCUUCCAAGCACAAGGUGGGAUUUCACUGAAGAAAUCCCAUAGUACCUACGACCACCAGAAGGAUGUUAAGGCAAACAGUGUACUAACCAGAUAUGACAGUUGCAAAGAAGCUCCUUUGUUGGACUCACUUAUGAGGAAAAAGUUAGCCGAGAAAGCCCCAGAGAAAUCUGACAGUGACUCUGUUGAUUCAGCCAUUCUGGUAUACAAAUCAGCCAGUGCUCACAAUUUGUUGGCAGAUAAAAAAUCUCUGCAUCCCAAGUAUUACACCCUGCAGAAAUCUCUUAGUGUUGCCAGCAGUGAAAAAGAAAAUGCCUCACUGUUAACUAGAACAGCUAAUUUAGAAAAUACCCAUAAACCUGCUCAAGAGAAACACACAAGUGCAGCAGUCGAAGAUACCAUGACAGAAUUUAGCAAUGUAGUCUCAGAAAUCCAGGUGAAACAGCUGCAGAGAGAGAACACAGCAAAAGAAAUUGAGAUACAUUUUCCUGGAGGCAAAAACACUAUAUGCCCAUGGGAAGCUGAGACAGACCCAUUACCAUUAGAGAGCAGAGAUAAGAAGGAUGUAACACCCACUCCCAUCAGGAGCAUCAGUAUCAACAUUUCUGAUUUUCCCGAGAGAAGACCUCACACCAUUAAGAAGAUACCACCUGAACCACCCAUCAGGCAGCAAAGUUUGGUUCACAACCUUGAAAGAAAAUGUGUAGUUCAUUGGGAUACUUAUGAUCAAAAACAACAUCCUGCUCAGUCUCCUAAAAAAGAAUCCCCAAAUAUUCCAAUGCUAGUCAACAUAUAUCUAAGAGAAACAGAAGAAGGUUCUCCAUUAAAACCUGAAAUGGAAAAGACUAUGCAAGGAGAAGAUAAUGUACCAUCUUCUUCUCCAGUGAAAUUAACGAGGUCAGCCUCCAUUGCUGCAGAAGUUUGCCCUUGGGAGGUUAUGGAAAUGCCCAUUCCAAGCAAGAAAAAUCUAGAGGUGAGUGAUUCAGAUAAUCAAAACAACUCUCCUGAGAAACAAUCACAAACCCUCGUUCCCAAAAGCUCCAUAAAAAGCGUAGGUAUGGCCAUUAAAGCAUUCAACCGUUCAAAGUUAAAGGGAAGCAUAAGUUCCAGAAAGAACAGUGAGGAGAGCAGCGAAGCCAAAAAUGAGAAAGACAUCAGUGGAAAGCCCAAGUUGGCAGAAACAGCUUUAAUCCCUACUGAAGGAUUAUCAAGACAAGAAAUGAAUCAAGAUAUUGAAGAUACAGUGAGCAAUUUACCAGCAACAGCUUUCAAAGAUGCUAAAGAGAUCUCUGCUAUCAGAUUGGAAAAGACCAAGAGCCAGUGGGGAUCUAUGUAUCCCAGAGAGAGACCAGAAGAUCAAAACAAAGAGAAUAAAACUUCUGAUCUCUUGCCAUUGGUUUCAAAAACAGAUAAGAAGGCUGAAAUUUGUCCCUGGGAAAUCAGUGGAGCAAAACUCAAAAUAGAAGUAAGUCCCUGGGAAAAUAAUGAUCCCUCAACAUCAGAAAGAGAACUUAAAGGGAAUGUAACUGCUGUUUUCAUUGAGGAGAAAAAAGGAACUAGAGAAGAAGCAGUUGGGAAAGGGAACAAUCAGAAGAAGGAAUCUAUUUGUCCAGGGGAGAGCAUAGUUAGUGAAGAUGUAUUGAUCAAGUAUACAUCCAAGACCAUCAAUCUUGCUAAACUAAUCUCAGAGAAUUCAGAAAGCCUGCAAAACCAAAAGACAACAGUUUGCCCUUGGGAAGCUGAAGGCAUUGAAACUGCUAACAAAGCAGAAAUCUCCCCCUGGGAGAUGUUGGGUCCUUCCAAUCAGGAUACAGAAAGAGCAACCAAAAAGACAGUAGCCAUUGGAUCUAAGUCUCCCGAAAAGGCACCUGGCUCACAAGAGACAAGUAAUCUUUGUGAAAUCCUGAAUACUGAUGAAUUGUCAUCUGAGUCAAAUGUUAAAGGCCUAAGCUCCCCCAGAUCUGGCAGUGCAGAGAACUUACUGGCAGAAGUAUGUCCUUGGGAAAUUGUGGAUAGUCCUAAGAUUAUUUUUCAGAAAGAAACAAGUUCUCAUAAAAUCUUAGAAAAGGUAAGCAGUCUUCAGGAAACUGUCUGCCCAUGGGACAGUGUUGAUCGCAGCAUACCUUCCAAAAUCCCUUCAAAGAACUUUAAUAACACAGAAAACUUAAAGGUAGAUGUCUGUCCUUGGGAAGUAACCAAAGAGAAUGCUUCCAAAGCAGAUGAGGGCUGCAAAAGUACUUCUCCAGUGAGUUUGUCCAAAGCAACUGCAAAUCUGAGCAAUUUACAGGAAGAUGUCUGUCCAUGGGACAGCAGGGAGCUUCAGCAACUUUCGCCAAGAUCUGGCGACCCAAGUUUGGCUCCAUACAGUAGCGGCUUAAAAAAAGCUGAUAGUAUUACAAGUCUAAGGAUAGAUGUUUGUCCAUGGGAAACCUCAGAAGAGGUGAAAAUAUCUCCAUGGACUGAAGCCAUAUGCUCAUUAAAAAGAAAAAAGCAAGUCUCAGCUGUGCUUUGCAAAGAGAAGGAAGGCAAUGCACUUAAAAGUCCAAGCUCCAAUAAAACUUGGAGAGAAGUAGCAUUAAAAAAAACAAAGACACCGAGAAGUAGUCAAGGAUCUAUUUUUCCCUCAGGAAGUAUGAUCACUGAUGAACGAACUACAAAGAACAGCCAAUGCCCACAUCCAUUGCAAGCUAGUUCUAAAAGUACUGGAAGUGUUGAGAGUGUAAAGGCAGAGAUUUGUCCGUGGGAUUUCCAGGAGCUUCAGACAGAUGCUAAGAUUGAAGGACCACCAGAUGAAAGUACCUUUAAAAAGGAGUCAGUCCAGAUUUCCAAUGAUAAAGCAGAUACAAAACCUUUAAUAAGGCAGAAAAAGAGACAAGAGGAAGUAAGCAGCCCACGAGAAUCUAUUUGUCCUUGGGAAAGCGUGGCACAAAUAAGCAACCAAAGCCCAACAUUGCCCAAAGAUGGUUCAACGAAAUCAGAGAAUGCUGAAAGAGCAGAAAUAUGUCCUUGGGAAGUUGAGGAAGAGGAAUCUAGUGGCAAGACUCAGGUAUGCCUCCUGGAAACAGCACCUACAUCUAAUAGUAACACAAUAGUAAGACAGGAUAUCAGUGGAGUUUCAAAAUGCAAAACGCUGACCAGCCCAAGCUUAAACAAAGUCUGGGUAAAUAUGUCAGCUAAAGUAUUCAAGUCACAUAGCCAGCAAGCUUUAAUUUCUUCCCAGAAAAAUAUUGACAUACUCUCAUUAACACCCAGCAGUAAAAGUUUAGACCUGUCCAUCAAACCUGACAAUACCAAAAGCCUAAAAACAGAAUUUUGGGAAAUGCAGGAAGCUGGAGCUACUUUGAAAGCUGAAGUAUGUCCCUGGGAAGUUGUUGAAGUUCCACUGGAGAAGGGGGCCUCAAGGAAGGCUUCUAAAGAGAAUGUGAAAACCGAUUCAAGAAGCUCUGCUGAAACAGCAGAAUCUCUGGAGGAAAGUAACAAUUCUCUACAGUCUGAUUUAAAUGCUGCAGAUAUCAUGGUAACCAGCAUUUCUUCAAAGACUUUGGAUAGUACAGAAAAUAUGGAGACCUCCCUUCAAGAAGUCAAGCAGUCAGAGACAUUCAGUAAGAGAGAGAUUUGUCAAUGGGAAGCAGAAACGGAGAUACCAGCAAAUACUGGUGAAAUAACCCAGAGCGUGCAGCAGUGUUUGACUGGGCACAUGCCUUUGGGCCACAGUGUUCAAAGGGCACAGUCAGAAGGUACAAAUAAGAUCCUUUCAUCAGAAAGCAGAGAGGACAUUUUCAUAGACAACACCUUCUCUUUGGAAGCAGAGAAAGAUUCUACACUGACCAGAACAGACUCUGCAAAAAAUGAAAAAGGCUCAGGAGCCUGCUUAGGAGAGACAGAAGUCAAGACCCUGCCUGCUGUAGUAGCCCAAAGCAAAACAGAGCAGAAACCAGAGGCUCAGGAAGCAGAAGAUCCUAGCAAAAUCACAUCAAAUAUCUGUCCUUGGGAUUACAAUUGA